GACCGUAGAAACAACAACACAAAUGGAAAAACAACGAGAACCGACGACAUACCAAAACAAAUGGAAGGACAACGACAGGGACCGAAGAUAUACCAACAAAAAUUGAAAGACAACAACGACGACACACCAAUACAGACGUCCAGGACAAUAGGGACCGAAGAUACAUCAUUACAAACGGAGAGACAAAAACAGGGAAUGCAGUUGCAUCAAAACACACCAGAUGAUGCCUGAUCGAAUCGGCAAGGAAUGACAUUUCGGGAAGAAAUGAAGACGGACUUUUUUAAGGGGGGGGUAACAAACUUUAACGACACAUCUGUAUCUUGGUGAAGCUCGAGAUGAUGGAGACAAAACAAGCGUUUUAGGCGCUCGGAUCUGCUGGAAAGAAGGCGGUGCUCGCAUGAUUAACCUGGAUUGAGAUAGAAGAUAAGUAACCAUGGGGAUAUACCUGAAGAUUGUACUGUCUAGCCUACUGUUGGUCGUACUCCAGCAUAUGGCCAGGCUCAUUUACACCUGUGGAUUUCACAAACAUAUAUACAAUCACCAGCCUGGUCCGUGUAAAUACCUUGAUGGAGUUGAUUUUGGAUCGGAGGAUAUCGCUACACUUCCGGAUGGAAAGGCCUUCAUUACUUCUGGCUUACUGAUGCCAUCUGCCUCAACACUUUUUCGCCAAUUAUAUGCUGACAGAGGGGCCAAAGGUCAGAUUUUUUUCUUCGACUUCAAGGCCCCAGGGUCUGGGGCUAUACCGCUCACCAUACAAGGAGACUUCAACACUUCAGAUUUUCACCCACAUGGUAUCGACUACUGGAAAGACAAAACAUCAGGAAAAGUCUUUAUCUUUGUGGUGAAUCAUCGCAGGAAGUUUGAUGCUGUGGAAAAAUUUGAAUUUGUUCCAACAGCUAAGGCUCUCAAGCAUGUGCAUUCCUAUGUGGACCAAGCUAUAUACUUGUACUUAUACAUGGCUACCUCUAUCAACGGUGCAAUCAAAGUGUUCAAGAGACAGGGAAAUGCAGGGCAGCUUAUAUUUGUACAGGAAGUGAAGUUGUACACAUCUGCAGAUAACCCGACCAUCAAUCCCCUGACUGGACAUUUAUUGGUGGGGGCCCAGCCAAUCCUCUUUAAGACCGCCCACACAUUGGAGGAUCCACAUUUACCCAGUGCAUCACAGGUUUUACACUUUGAGCUAACUGAUGGAAUCCUGUCUAAAACAACAGAGCUCUACGCCAAUGAUGGGAGUGUGCUUUAUUCGUCCACAGUUGCCUCCCUUUAUGGAAAUCAAAUGUUGAUUGGAACCAUUAACCAAAAACUUCUGUUCUGUGAGGUGAGAACCAUGUAGAGGUUCAGCAGACUCCAGGACCCAGGUGCUCAGACUAAGAACCAAAAAAAUAAGGAUUCCAGUAUGCAGAAAGAUAUUUUUUAAUGAUUUUACAAGAAAUUAAUGCAAUCCAAUUUCACAAAAAUUGAUCGGGUAUGAACAAGUUGUAGUCAAUUUAAUACAUUUUACAUACCACUUAUUGAAAAAAAUGUUUUACUUUAGAAUUAUGAAUCUGUGAUUGAUUUGAAUUUUCAUUUGUUAUAUUUGCCAUAUUAUUUUCUUUCAUAGCAUGUAUACCACUUUGAUACAGUCAUGUUACUAAAGCAUGAUUAAAUUAAUUAUUUAAGCAUAAUAAUAAUGAGCGAAUUUGAAAUAGAAAAGCCAUUUUGGUGGGGCACUGGUUGUUCUCUCGAUGGCUACAAUAUUGAUGGCAUAAAUGGAUAUGGAAAUUAGUCAUAUACAAUCCUUUGAAGGACACGGUCUAGUUGGGCAUUGCAAUAUUAAUGAAUAUAUUUAAUUUGAAGUUGUGAUUUAGGAAAAACCUGCAUCUUUGUGUAAGAUAUCAUUUCUCUUACACUCUACAUGUAUAUCUUUACGUAUUCUCUUUACACUGGAAAGGUGUGUCCACACAUUUUCUCUUACAUUGGACAGGUGUAUCCCAUUGGACAGGUGUGUCCAUACAUUUUCUCUUACAUUGGACAGGUGUAAACCACUGGACAGGUGUAUCCAAAAACUUUUUUCUUACACUGUACAUGUACAUCCAACACAUUUAUUUCUUGCACUAAAUGGGUGGGUUUUUUUGUGUGUUUUUUUUUUCACUGCAUAGAUGUAUCAACACAUUUUCCAGUAGGAACUUUCUUUAUCCUCACUUAUGCAUUCCAGUUUGUAGGAUAUACACAGUGUAGGUCUCAUGCUAUCAUGUAGGAUGAUUCUAGUGAAAAAAGUUCGGUCAUAUUACCGGUACUAUUUAAGUAUUUUGAACUUUUUUUAAAAUCUAAAAUGUAUAUAAUCAAUAUAUCUAACUAUUGAAUGUGUGAUCAGGUGACUCGGUGGUAACACACUCCCUUUCUCCAGAGGUGACGUGGGUUUGACGCUCGAAUAUAACGGGAAAAUAAAAGGAACACUGUUAUAUGGGGUCACCUGACCAUGUUUAUUGUCUCCAGGUUCACCGCUUUCCUCCCGCAGUAAUUUAAAGACUGCUGUCCAUGCUUUCAUCCAGACCAACAUUAGUGAUUAUUACGAGUUGUUUUAGUGUUGUUAAAUAAAUUGUAUGUUGGCUGAUUUCAUAUGAAAUUAACCAAAGGAUCGUUAAACCUUUUAUUUGUUGCUAGAUUACUACACAGCACUGCUGUUAUUUGUCCGAGUCUUCACGUGGGUGUUUAGGCCAAAAUGUAUGAUUUUAUGAUAGUUCAAUUAUUUUUGUAAUUUGAAAUUACAAUUCAUGUCUAUUUAGGUUACAUUGUUUUAUUUUUACAUCAAAUGUUUCGUACCAGAUGAUCUCUGAAAUGUACUCAAUGAUCUACAUCAUAACUAACAUAAAGAUACACAUACAAUAAUGUAUGUUGCGUCUAGAUAAUGUAUUGAAUGUAUCGAAGGUUGAAUGAUUGUGAUUUUACUUAAGUUUAUAUCAUUUUACAUCUGCAGAAAAUACCAUAUCCAAGAAUUCAUGUUCAUCUUUGAAGGUCUAUAUACAUGUAUAUAUAUAGUGGACAAAGACUUUCUAUCCUAGUAACAACGACUAUUGCCCAGCUUCCUCUGACCAAACACCAGAGGCAAAGACCUCAAUAUAGCUGUCCAUCAAAAUGGCUUAUAACUGUGUAUGUCUGGCGUUGGG